AUGAGAUGUUCAUCCUGCAAGAAAAUGGGACAUUUGCAAGUUGUUUGUAAAAGCAAAAGUGCAGUUCGACAGCUUGAGUGUGAACAACCAAGUGAUACGAGUUCCGAGGGACCCAGCUUCGAAGUGUUGGCAACUGACAAAGCAAGUGCAAACAAGAAAGUAGUUCAGUGUGACAUUUCUGUUAAUUCUGUGAACUUAAAACUUGUUGUUGAUACAGCGUCUGAUGUGUCUCUUAUGUCACUGAAACUUUUUAAGAAACAUUUUGACACAAAUGCAAUAGAACAGUGUAAGGCUAGCAUUACUAGUUAUUCCAACCACAAGGUAGGAGUAAUAGGUAGCUUUCAUGCAAUGGUUUGCUUCAAGGGUCAGGUUUCACAAGGCACAUUUUACAUUGUACAGUCAGGUACCAGUCUACUGGGUAAGGAUAUUAUUCAGACACUAGACAUAGGUAUUCAUGGGGGGUCUUUGACCUGCUUUGCGACCCGAGGCAAUGCAAGCUCUGAUGAACCUAAAUCAGAUUCGGUGAGUAUCCCUGACAGAUUCCCACAGCUGUUUAGUGAUAAGAUUGGAAAGGUUAAGGGCUUUAAACACAAAAUCAAAGUGCGUUCAGAUGUUAAGCCUGUGCAACAAAAAUUGCGCCGAUUGCCAUUUGCAGUGCGUAAUGCUGUUUCUGCCGAGCUGAAGAAAUUGGAAAAUUCUGAUAUCAUAGAACGUAUUGAUGCAAGUGAAUGGAUUUCUCCUAUCGUGGUAGCAUGGAAAAAAGAUGGCUCAGUCCGUGUAUGCGUAGAUUUGAGAAAACCUAAUGAAGCCAUUAUAGAGGAUAGGUAUCCACUUCCUAAUAUUGACGAAAUGAUAAGUGAAAUGCAUGGUGCAACCCAUUUUUCAAAGCUUGAUUUGAAAUCCGCCUACCAUCAACUUGAAUUGGUGGAAAGCAGCCGAGAUCUGACGGCAUUCAUUACACAUGAAGGUCUGUUCCGUUUUAAGCGUGUUUGCUUCGGUCUUUCUUCUGCACCAUCAUGUUUUCAAAAAAUGAUGUCUACAAUUUUGUGCAAUGUUCCAGGUGUUCAGUGUUUCAUUGACGACGUGAUUGUUUACGGCCGAACUAAAGCUGAACAUGAUCGCAACUUGAACUUGGUACUCCAGCGGUUGACUGAUGCUGGUUUGACGUUGAAUGACAAGUGUGAGUUCAAUGUUCCAUCCCUUACAGUUUUGGGUCAUGUGAUCUCGAAGGACGGUGUGCGUCCAAACCCUGAUUUAGUCAAAGCCAUUUCUGAUGCACCUGUACCGACUAAUAAGGAGCAGUUGAGGUCUGUUUUAGGGCUCUGCGGUUACUAUUCCAAAUUUGUGCCAAACUUUGCAGCGCGUGUACAACCGAUGCGAUGUAUUCAAACUGCUGAGAAAUUCAAAUGGACUGAAGAAGCUAACAAAGCUUUCAAGGACAUUAAGUCUGCUAUAGUUAACAGCCCUGCUCUUGCUCUAUUCGAUCCAUACCUUGAUAUCAUUGUAACUACAGAUGCUAGUGGAUAUGGUUUAGGUGCAACACUCACACAGGUGAAAAAUGGUUCAGAAGUUAUAGUUGCAUGCGCAUCUCGCAGUCUAACUGCAUUAGAAUUGAAAUAUUCUGUGGGAGAGCGUGAAGCUUUAGCAUGCGUGAAAGAUGAGUUGUCUGUACAUGACGGCAUUAUUUUCCGUGGGGAACGGGUGAUAGUGCCAGAUGAACUUUGUGCACAUGUGGUGAACUUGGCACAUGAAAGUCAUCAAGGUAUAGUGCGUACAAAACAGAGGCUGAGAGAUUUGUAUUGGUGGCCAAAGAUGGAUAUUCAGGUUACUGAGCUGGUAAAGUCGUGCAUUACUUGUCAGUUGAAUGACAAAUCUGCUGUUACGCGGACAGCACCUACGCAGCCAGUACCACUUCCGAAUGCUGCAUGGAAAAAACUUGGUCUCGAUUUUGUCGGGCCAGACUAUUCUGCACCGCCUGAACGGCGAUAUAUUAUUUCCAUGAUUGACUACAGGAGCAAAUGGCCAGAGGUAGCAUUCGCUUCGGAUAUAAGUACCAAAACAGUGCUGAAGUUUCUGGUUACAGUUUUCAGUCGAGAAGGUUAUCCCGACGAAAUUGUUACAGAUAAUGGGCCUCAAGUGGUGUCCCAUGAAUUUGAAGAAUUUCUACGACACAGAAAUAUAAAACACAGGUUUUCUUCGGUUUAUCAUCCGGAAGGAAACAGUGAGGUUGAACGUUUAAACAAAAUUCUGUCCGAAACCAUUCAGUCUGCAAGAAUUCAGAAAAAGGAUGUGAAAAGCACAAUGGUACAAUUUCUUGGUGCAUAUAGAGCGACUAAGCAUGCUACUACAGGCGAGUCUCCGUCUUUUAUGCUGCAUGGCCGACAUAUGCGUACAAUGCUUGACAUUAAAGGGGUAACGCUUUAUCCCAAUCCAUCUACUAGUACUGAGGUUGAAAAUAGAGUGGCAGCGAAACAAGCUAAGAGCAAGGCAUAUGCUGAUAAGCGGAAAGGCACAAAAGCGAGAUUUUUCAAACCUGGUGACUAUGUUCGCAUAAGAAAACCAUGGCAUGUCAAAAAGGGUGAGAGCAAAUUCACUGCACCGAUAAAGAUUGUUUCUCAGAUUAGUCCUUUUACUUACAAAAUGGAAAAUGGUUCAAAUUGGAAUGUUAAAUUUCUUGCUCCUUUUUAUGGUAAAGUACCUAACCAGUUUGAUGAGGGGGAAGAUGUGUGGUUUGAAACUCAGGUACACAAUCACUUUGAACAAAACCAUAAUCCAAAUAUACCACAACGUGUUAGAGAACCCAGAGUUCGCAGAUUACCUGCAUGGACCAAAGACUAUGUUAUGAAGUGA